AUGGACUUGUCAGUAUUUAGACCACUUAAAGCUCAUUGGAAAAAAGCCGUGACGCAAUGGAAAAUUGAGAACCUUGGUAAAAUUCUUCGCAAAGAGAACUUUACCCCAGUGUUGCAAAAAGCUCUCACAAAUGUAACUAAAGAUUGUGUUCAAAACGGAUUCCGAGCGGAGGGCCUUUUUCCAUUUGGCCCUGAUUACAUCGAUAUGUCUAAAACAUCUAAAACCGAAAUAGAAACCACAACUAAAACCAAUCCAAUGCGGAAAGACUUUAUUAAAAAGACACUGGAAAGAGAAAUCCCUGAUGAAGACGAGGCUUUAUAUUUAAUUUGGGCCAAAAACAAAUCUGAAGACGCGUUGUGCGAUAUAAGUUCGGCGGAUGCUUUAACAACGUCAGACACAUUGGAACAGGCGAGGUAUCCGUCAAAUGAUGUAACCACUGCUCAAACGAACGAUGUUGUUGUAACCGAUGAAGCAAUGGUUAUACCAUCAGAUGCCGGUGACUCUGUGCCUACAGAAGUUAGUUAG